AUGCAGCACAACUCGACCAAGAGAGGCGAAGAGCAGCGGAGCAGUAAGCGCAACUCGAUCGGCAAGAGGAAGCUCUCCGAUCAAGGGGAGCAGAGGACCAUCUCCCAGCUUCUGUCUCAGCACUCCUCGCCCUCUCCCCAGCAGCAGUCGUCUCCCACCUCCAAACGGUCCCGCUUGUCACGCCCCUCCUCGUCCUCAUCAUCCCACGCGGACUCCCUGGUCCCACCCUCGAAGAUGUACAACUUUUCCGGAUCUCCGCCCACGAACGGCACCGCGUUUGCUCGGGGGGUGCCUGCAUCGGACUCUUCCACCAAAUCCCAGGCAUUCAGUGCUGCCGCUCGCCAGAACAACGUCGCUCCCCAGACCAGCACGAAGAAACUCGUGGUCAAGAACCUGCGGACGGGAUCCCGGUUGAACCAGGCGUCUUACUUUGAUAAGGUCUGGUCGCAGCUUGAUGCGGCCUUGUCGGCUAUCUUUGAUGGCAAGAAACCAGAUAUCUCGUUGGAAGAGCUAUAUAAAGGGGCUGAGAACAUGUGUCGUCAAGGCCGGGCACCUGUGCUCGCCAAGAAGCUUCAGAACAGAUGCAAAGAGCAUGUGACUGGAAAGCUGCGCGAGAAUCUCGUCACACGAGCCGGAGGUGGCAAUGAUGUCGAUACCUUGCGGGCAGUAUUCGAGGCGUGGUCAGCAUGGCAAUCGAGGCUGGUAUGUGCCGGGCAUCCUCACGAAAUUGUCCCUCGGCUGACCUUCCUAACACAGAUUACUGUUCGCUGGAUCUUUUACUACCUCGAUCAAUCGUUCCUUCUGCAUUCCAAGGAGCAUCCGGUGAUACGUGACAUGGGCUUGAUUCAGUUCCGUUCCUACAUCUUCGCUGAUCGCAGUCUCAAACCCAAGAUCCUGCAAGGUGCGUGCGACCUGAUCGCUGCCGAUCGGGGUGCGGAGACCAGCACUGUGGCUGAUUCGACUUUGCUUCGAAAUGCCAUUGAAUUGUUCCACGAUCUUGAUGUUUAUACAAGUGGCUUUGAGCCGCUCUUUGUCGCCCAAUCACGGACCUUUGUUUCCACAUGGGCCCAGAGGGAAGCGUCAGGGUCUCUGCCCUCUUAUGUCGAGAACAGCCACCGCCUGAUUGCACGGGAGGUGGAACGAUGCGGUUUAUUCUCUCUCAAUCGAAGCACGAAGCAGGAGCUGUUCGGUAUAUUAGACGAGACCUUGAUCACCGAACAAGAGGCGGUUCUCCUCCGCCAGGAUGAUAUCGUCGGCUUAAUGCGAGCAGGAAACAAGACCUCGUUGAAACAGCUCUACGGUCUUCUCGACCGGCGGGGUCACGGUACCAAAUUGAAAACUGCUUUUAGCCGCUACAUUGUCGACGAAGGCUCUAGCAUUGUGUUUGACGAAGAGAAAGAAGCCGAUAUGGUGGUCCGUUUACUUCAAUUCAAAGAGCAGCUUGACGAUAUCUGGAGGGAUGCAUUCAAUCGGAACGAAGAUCUAGGUCACGUUUUACGUGAAGCAUUUGGCAACUUCAUGAAUCUGAGCAAGAAGACCGCAUCCACUGCUGGCACUGAUAACGCCAAGACAGGCGAGAUGAUCGCCAAAUACGUGGACAGAUUGUUGAAGGGAGGUUGGAAAGUGCCUCCGGGACGAAAACCGGACGACGUGGCGCUGGCCGAUGAGGAUGCUGAAAUCAAUCGACAGCUCGAUCAGGUGCUCGAUCUUUUCCGUUUCGUGCAGGGGAAGGCUGUCUUUGAAGCAUUCUACAAAAACGACCUCGCUCGGCGCUUACUGAUGGGCCGCAGUGCCAGCGAUGAUGCGGAGAGAAGCAUGUUGACUCGUCUGAGAACAGAAUGUGGAUCGAACUUCACCCAAAACCUGGAGUCGAUGUUCAAGGACAUGGGGGUGGCUCACGACGAAAUGAAAGCCUACAAUUCGAUGUAUCGAGAGAAACGAGGCGCCCGCCCCCCGAUAGAUCUGCAUGUCAACGUGAUCUCAGCGUCGUCGUGGCCGAGCUAUCCUGAUGUUCCGGUGCAAAUUCCGCCGAUCAUUUCUGAUGCCAUUGGUAGCUUUGAGAAUUUCUAUCAGAGCAAACACACCGGCCGCAAAUUGCACUGGAAACACCAGCUGGCGCACUGUCAACUCAUCGCACGAUUCCCCAAAGGCCCCAAGGAGCUGGUAGUCAGCUCGUUCCAGGCGAUCGUGUUGCUUUUAUUCAAUGAUGUUCCCGAUGGCGAGACCCUGCAAUAUCCACAGAUCCAGCAAGCGACUGGAUUUUCCGAUGCAGAAUUGACGCGGACUCUACAAUCUCUCGCGUGUGCCAAGUACCGGGUUUUGACGAAGCAUCCCAAAGGCAGGGAGGUCGCGUCGACAGAUGAAUUCUCCUACAACGCCGGCUUCACCGAUCCAAAGUUUCGCAUCAAGAUCAAUCAGAUCCAGCUUAAAGAGACCAAAGAAGAGAACAAGACAACACAUGAGCGUGUGGCAGCCGAUCGACACUAUGAGACCCAGGCGGCAAUCGUGCGCAUCAUGAAGAGCCGCAAGACCAUCAAGCACUCCGAGCUCAUUGCGGAGGUGAUCGAGGCCACCCGCAGUCGUGGCACUUUGCAGCCCGCCGAGAUUAAGACCAACAUUGAGAAGUUGAUUGAGAAGGACUACAUGGAGCGCACGGAAAACAACCAGUACAACUAUUUGGCUUAA